AUGGAAGAGACUGAGGAUAGUCUAUACCCAAUUGCGGUGUUAUUGGAUGAAUUAAGAGCUGAUGAUGUCAACUUUCGAUUAAACGCCAUCAGACGACUUUCGACCAUUGCCUUGGCUUUGGGAGUUCAAAGAACUAGAGAUGAACUUAUACCUUUUCUUGACGAAUCAAUCGAUGAUGAAGAUGAAGUAUUACUGGCAUUAGCUGAAGAGCUUGGUAAUUUCUGUGAAUAUGUUGGUGGCAAAGAGCAUGCGCAUAUUAUACUAGGACCUUUGGAAAAUCUUGCAGCGGUUGAGGAAACUCUUGUUAGAGAAAAAGCCGUUGAAUCUCUAACAAAAAUAGCGGUGGUCCUUUCUCAGCAACAAAUUGAAGAAUACUACAUACCACUUAUUAAACGUUUGGGCACUGGUGAUUGGUUUACAAGUCGUACUAGCGCUUGCGGUUUAUACGCGGCUGGAUACCAAAGUGCAACACCAAGUUCACAGGAAGAGCUGCGAUUGAUGUUCAAAGCAUUAGCUCAAGAUGACACACCGAUGGUUCGAAGGGCAGCAGCAGCUAACCUAGGAAAAUUUGCAAAAAAGAUUCCUAAAGAACAUGUAAUUUUAGAUAUUAUCCCAUUAUUUAGUAAACUUGCGGAAGAUGAACAGGAUUCCGUUCGUUUGCUAACGGUAGAGGAUCUUGUCGCAAUUGCUGAGAUUGCUAAAGCUGUAGGAGAUGAAGUAACGCGUGAAAACUUAGUGAUGGCCUUUGUUAAUUUGCUUAAAGAUAAUGAAGCCGAAGUAAGAACUGCUGCUUCUGGUCAGGUUCCAGAUUUGGUAACCGAUACAUCACAGCACGUUCGUGCAAGUUUAGCAACCCAAAUUAGUGGGCUGGCACCUAUUUUGGGCAAAGAAGCGUAUCUUUUGUCACAAAAUCUACUUCCGGCAAUAGUUGAAUUGGCAGAAGAUAAGCAAUGGCGUGUUCGGCUUGCAAUCAUUGAUUACAUUCCUCUGCUUGCUAGUCAGUUGGGUGUGGCAUUCUUUGAUGAAAAACUUGGAAGCCUUUGCAUGUCCUGGUUAGGAGAUAACGUAUAUUCUAUUCGUGAAGCUGCUACCAUAAAUUUGAAAAAAUUGACAGAAGUCUUUGGUGUCGAAUGGGCAAAGACCACAAUUAUACCAAAAGUACUGGAAAUGGGUACUAAUCAAAAUUAUUUAUAUAGAAUGACGACAAUUUUUGCUAUCACGACCAUGGCACCAGCUGUCACUCCGGAAGUCAUCAGAGACCACAUUCUUCCAACAGUAAACAAUCUUGUCUCGGAUCCUAUUCCCAAUAUUCGGUUUAAUGUUGCUAAAUCAUACGAAGUUUUAAUACCAGUUCUCAAACAAUGCGCUGAAACGGCUGUGUUGUUGGAAACUCAAGUAAAACCAGCAUUAGAUAAAUUACGGGAUGAUCCAGAUAAUGAUGUCAAAUAUUUUGCUGAAAAAGCACUACUUGCUG